CGAAGCUGUUCACGUGGAUCCCGCCGCGACCGGCGAUGCGGCUCAAGCCCAAGCCGAAGGGUGCCGAGGGGGAUGCCGACGGGGGUGCCGACGGCGAGGGCGAGGGUGCCGACGCGGCUCCCGCGGAGGAUGAGGAACCCCCGCCGGAGCUCCCGGAGGAGACGGCGGAGGAGGCGGAGGCGCGACGAUGCGCCGAUCCCUCGUCCGCGCCGAGCGACGUGAUCCUCCUCAAGAUCGCCGACGGCGGCCAGCACGCCCGGUCGCUCAAAGAGAAGCACCCGGAGGAGUACGAGGCGUACGUGGAGUGGGCGCGAGCCGAGGAGGAGGCUGCGAAGACGGCGGAUGGGGCGAAGAGGUCGCACGCCGACGCGUUGAAGGAGUGGCGCAAGGCCAACAAGGGUAAGAGGGAGGGCGACGAGGGAUACGAACCGCCACCCGCCGAACCGUCCCCCGCGUGCACCGACGUGCUCGUGGCGCACCUCGUGUACACGUGGACGCAAAAGUCGGUAAAGUCGGUGACGCUGCACGAGGUGGACGCUCGCGGGACGGCUCACGCGCGGACGCGUCGCGCCAAGAAAUCUCUCGGCGAACCUCGCAACUUUCGCGGCAUGGUCGGCCUCUCCGUCGACGCCCCGGACCCGGCCGAGGCGGAGGCGGCGAGGCUCGAGGCUGAGGCGGACGCGGCGGACGUCGAGCGGCGGCGAGCGCGGCGCGAACGAUCCGAGGCGCUUCGCGCGCGUCAGGAGAAGGAGGCGGAGGCUCGCGAGCUCGACGCGCUGCACGCCAGGUCGGCGUCGCUCAGGGCGUACCUGGCGUCCGAGGUUAUGCCGGUCGUCACCGACGCCAUGCUCCAGAUGCUUCGCAUACGCCCGGAGGAUCCGGCGUUAGCGCUGUCCGACUACCUGCUCAGGUACGAUCGGCGGGUGGCUAUCGAGGAGGAGGCGGAGAGAGCGGCGAAGGCGGCGAUGGAACGAGCCCUCUUGGAGGAAGAGAAGAAGCAGGAGAAGGAGAGACGUCUGGAGAUUUCUAGACGUAAGGCGGCCGAGGCUCGCGCGGCGAUCAAGCCCAAGUCGGUGGUGCGGUUCGUGCCCAAGGUGCCGCCGCCGCGACCCCGACCGCCGCCCGCGGAGGAGGCUGCGUAGAUUUUUUGGACGGAGCCGAGCGAUGAUUUCAUAUUCGCGUGUCGAUGCUUAAAUAUUACGAUGAGGUAUUAGUU